AUGGAUGAAAUGGUUAUCGGCAAAACGGAAACAGGCAUGCAAGUACACGUUCAAAUUGUUCUGUUACUACUAGGUGGUAUUAUGGGUGUUUCUGUGUCACGCAAAGACCGCGUAGGUUUUGCUCUUAUGGUGGAGGUGUAUAAGAAAGACAGUUACCAGAAUAUGGUCAGCGAACAUGUAUAUGUAGUUAAUACCAUGCAAGACUUAAGCGAAAAUAAUUAUCCGAAUCUCAUUUUGUUUUAUCUGUAUACGAACGAUAGAUGCAACGAUUCUGUACAAAUAUACGUUGGGGACACUGACAGUGUAAGACGCGGUCAAUUUGAUCCGGAGAAACCAACAGUGUUUAUCAUCCAUGGAUGGGCAAACUCUUAUCUCAGCCGAAUAUGCGAAUACAUUCGCAAUGUUGGUACUUGUUGCAGCCCUAGAUCCUGCUGCUUCCAAUUUUAUGACAAAGGUCCAGGUACAAGAGUUUCCAAAGAAGAUGCAAAGCACGUGCAAGUGAUUCAUACAAACCACAUACUCGGCAUGUAUGCUGCACUCGGCGAUGCCGAUUUUUAUGUUAAUGGCGGAAAAGAUGGAAGCGGCUGUUUCCUUCCUGUAUUAUGUCCUCGUGUACGAGCUUACGAGUACUUCGCCGAAUCCAUAAAUUACAAAGGUUUCCUAGCACGGAAAUGCGACAAUUUUACUGAUUACAAGCUCGGUAAAUGCGAAUCGAACGAAGCUGCUUAUAUGGGUGGCGCCGUACCAGAUUUGAAUGCUAAGGGAAUUUAUCACUUGACUACGCACUCGAAACCACCGUUCGCAAAACGCUCUGAGUGGUUUAAUUCACUGCUUUAUAAACGUGUUCCGCUUGCAGUUAUCGGCAAAACGGAAACAGACAUGCAAGUACACGUCCAAAUUGUUCUGUUACUACUAGGUGGUAUUAUGGGUGUACCUGUGAUAGAGGACGACGGCUUUGGUUAUAGUGCUACAGUGGAGUUAUAUGGGAAGGACGACUACAACAACGUGGUUAAAGUAGAAAUAUCUUUAAUUAAUACCGUAGCUGAUUUAAGGGAAUCCAAUUAUCCGAAUAUCAUCUUGUUCUAUCUAUACACAAAAGACAGAAGCAACGAUUCUAUACAAAUAUACGUUGGCGAUACUGACAGUUUGAAGCGCGGUCAAUUUGAUCCGAAGAAACCAACAGUAUUCGUCGCUCAUGGAUGGGGAAACUCUCAUUAUAGCCAAGCAUGCAUCUACGUUCGCGAUGCUUAUCUAAAACACGGCGAUUAUAAUGUCAUCCUAAUUGACUGGAAUGGUCUAAGCAAAGCUGACUACUUUUGGUUAAGCAAUCGAGUCCCAAAAAUGUCCAAAUACGUUGCCAGCAUGAUCGACUUUCUUGAAUCGCAAGGAAUGGAUUUAUCUAAAACAACGAUAGUAGGUCAUUCUCUCGGUGCUCAUAUUGCUGGACUCUCGUCUUAUUACGCAAAGAACAAAGUGAAUUACGUUGUUGCCCUAGAUCUUGCUGGUCCUAAUUUUUAUAACAAAGGUCCAGGUACAAGAGUUUCCAAAGAAGAUGCAAAGCACGUGCAAGUGAUUCAUACAAACCACAUACUCGGCACGCAUGCUGAAAUGGGCGAUGCCGAUUUUUAUGUUAACGGAGGAAAGGAUCAAAAGGGCUGUUUCCUUCCUGUAUUAUGUCCUCAUGCACGAGCAUACGAGUACUUCGCGGAAUCCAUAAACCACAAAGGUUUCCUAGCACGGAAAUGCGACAAUUUUACUGAUUACAAGCUCGGUAAAUGCAAAUCGAACGAUGCUGUUUACAUGGGUGGUGCCACACCAGAUUUGAAUGCUAAGGGAAUUUAUCAUUUGACUACGCAUUCGAAACCACCGUUCGCGAAGCAUUAG